GUACCUCGCAAACAGGAAGCAUGCAGACGCUAUGUACCACUUUCGUGAGAGCACCUACGGCCAUACAUACACGUGGUCGUGGUAUGCUCCAUGAACAUAAGGUUGUGUUCACGGGUCGAUCUUAGCAUCCUCUCUUUCUCCCUCUUUCCACCUCGUCCUGCAUGACAGCAGCUUUCCUGCUCAUAUCGAUGGAACGGCAGAAUCAUCAUCUCUGAGAUUGUCCAUGACAUGCAGGCACGCCGUUUUAAACGGCUGUAAUUCCUGUUGCACCACUGUAUUAACAGCACCAUCCACCCCGUCAUACCGACUGCUCGAAGCCCUUGCCGCCAGACUAGUCACUUGAUUCUCAUCGACACUUCGUCUUCCCCCGGACAAUCGCAUGCACUCCAACGCAGCCCGCUGGCGGAGAGAGCUUGGAUGAUCAGACCUGUUACAGAGACCUUUGGACCACAAUGCCGGUAGGCCACGCACCGGGAAGUGCUGUGGUCGGCGUGACCGUCGCCUUCACCGUCCUCGCCUUCAUCGCGACCGCAUCUAGACUGAUCACUCGAGUGGCCAUUGUUCGAGGAGCGGGAAUUGACGAUGUGAUGAUCACUAUUGCCGUAAUGUUCAGCAUCGCCAUCACGACGACCAUGGUCAUGCAAGUCCAGUACGGCAUGGGACGACAUGCCGACACGCUGAGUACCAACGACAACAAAUACAGCCUGGUCUGGUUCUGGGCUUCCGUAUGGCUCUAUUACCUGGGCCUCAUGUUCACCAAACUAUCCAUCUUGUUCCAAUAUCUUCGAAUCUUCCCGGACAGACGAUUUCGCUUCUGGUGCAUCAGCCUCAUGGCCCUGGUAUGCGGUUGGACGUGCUGGGCAUUCUUCUCUGCUCUCUUUGCAUGCUGGCCCAUUCAGCACUUCUGGAAUCCUUCCAUACCAGGUGCUUGUCUGAACCGCCUGGCAGUAUGGUUUUCCAAUGCAGCGAUGAACAUCAUAACCGACAUCGCCACCACCAUCCUACCUUUACCUGUUCUCAAGUCUCUCAAUCUUCCGAAACGACAACGCUACGUCCUCAUGUUUGUCUUCGGAAUGGGAGGCGUCGUGUGCGUCAUAUCGGUCUUGCGGCUCUCCUCACUCUACACCAUCUCCAUCAGCACCGAUGUCAGCUGGGAUAAUCCACUCGCAGCAAUCUGGUCCAGCUGUGAAGUGAAUGUCGGUAUUCUGUGUUCGUGUCUUCCCACACUGAAAGGCUGUGUCGCACGCUACUUCCCCGUUCUCUUCAGCUCCGCUUGCGGAUCUCGACCGACGGGUGAGUUUAGAGCGCUAGAGCUCAGUGGAAGGGGCAGGAAGAACCAAGCUUCGUGUACGAUCUCUGCAGUGGGAAGUGUCCCUUUGACGGGGGAGAGGUCCUCUUCGAAGAUGGCGAGGAUGAAAUCUCGUCUGGGUCGAGGGGAGAAGGAUAUGGAAGAAGGGGGUAGUGAGGACUCGGAGAGUUAUUACGGGAGACUGACGCCGACGGAUCGAGACCAUGCCAUUCAUGUCACCACGGUCGUGCAGCAGGAGGAGGAACGAAGUCCACGGUUUGCACCGAUGGAAGGUGAGAGUCUCAUGGGACUCGUGAAUCAAAAGCCUUAUGGGGCGUAACGAUGUAUGACGGAAUAGGGCGUUUCGAUGUGAUGAUGGGGGACCAGGUGUUUUGGCGAGGGCUACUGUUUUCAAACGAUACCAGGUGGACCACAGAGACCCGGGGGGUUGAAUGUGAUGAGAUGUUCGAAUUACUCACUUAUUACCUACGACGGCAGGCCGGGCUUACAGAACUGACAUAGCUAAUUUCAUAUUCUCAAUACAGGUACUAGAUAGUGCCUAAUAUUGCUC